AUGUUGAAUAUCUCAGAUAUGAAAGCCAAUGUGGAGGAGUUCGACAUUGUCGAGAACCCAACCGAAAUUGAGGCGGAUGUUGAGAUGAAGCGCCGAGAGGCUCGUGUGGUUCGCAAAAUUGACCUCUACCUCAUGCCUACCCUAUUGAUAUUGAUGCUCUUGGGGUUCCUCGAUCGAGGUAAUAUUGGUUUUGCGGCUUCACAAGGUAUGAUCAAGGACAUUGGCUUGAAGGGAAAACAAUUGAAUGUCGCUGUCUCGGUUUUCUACAUCUUUUACAUUCUCGCGGAAUUGCCGUCGUCUCUCCUGGCAAAGAGGCUGCAAUAUAAUCGAGUCAUCCCUGGUGUUAGUCUGGCAUGGGGCCUUGUAUGUCUCGGGAAUGGGUUCAUCCAUAACUUUGCCGGCCUCGUGGUCUGUCGGCUGCUUCUGGGCCUUUUCGAAGGCUUCUUGUUUCCCAGCAUGGUGCUUAUGAUGGCAAACUAUUAUCGAAGAGAAGAACUAGGUUACCGCGUCAGCUGGGUGUACAUCUGCAUUGCCGUAUCGAGUGCUUUUGGAGGACUUAUCGCGUUUGCCAUCCUCCAUAUGAAUGGUCUCGCAGGGUAUCCAGGGUGGAGAUGGCUGUACAUUAUCGAGGGUGCCUUUACUGUUAUUUUCUCCUUUGGUUGUUUCUUUCUCAUACCCAAGGAUUAUCAAAGUGCAUGGUUUUUGAACCAGGAGGAUAAGCAGAUCAUGAAGCAUCGGGAUGAUGAGACUCGGGCAUAUAGUGGCGGAAGUGGGCACUAUAAGAAAAAGGACGUGAUGAUGGCGAUGGCUGAUAUCAAGACGUGGGUGUAUGCAUUUAACCACAUGUUCUGUAUGACGCUUGUCUAUGGAUUUUCCGUCUUCCUUCCUAUCAUCCUGAAGAACGGAUUCAGAUAUGAUACCAAGCAGGCACAGUACCUUGCUGUACCAGUUUUCCUCUGGGGUGCUAUCGUCCUGACAGUGGUCGGUUACCUAUCCAAUCGGUAUCAGAAGAAAUUCCUGGCCACAGUGCCAACCACACCCUUUGGAAUGGCCGGAUAUGCCAUAUUAUUGGCACCAGCGGACAAAGUUCCCGUGGGAGUCCGCUACUUCGCAUGCUUCCUCAUCACGACCAGCAUAUUUUGCUGUGCAGCCGGCAACUUUGCAUGGCUGUCCAGCAAUACAGCGCCUGAGGGGAAACGAGCAGCCACUGUGGGCAUCACUUUGACCCUCUGCAAUAUUGGAGGGGUCAUAUCGGGUCAGAUAUACAUCCUCGACGAAGCCCCGCAAUUUCUUACUGGGCAUGCUUGCAGCUUGGCAUGCAUUGUUCUUGCCGCAAUUGGAUGGACAUUCCUUCGCGUCUUGUUCUCUAGAAGAGAGGUGUGGAAGGCAACAGCUAGAAACGAAGGGCAUGUGAGGGAAGGAACUGAGAUCUCUGAUCGCGAUCCUUCCUACAAAUACCAGAUGUGA